UAUGGAAAAAUACUUAUUGACUCAAUUAUACUUGUUGCUGCUACACACCUGCGUCGUUUCCAUGACAACAACAUGUAGUAGAUGCCGUAAACAGGCAGAAAGAAGCUUCGCUUCUUUCAGUCUCGUAAUACGUUUAUACCUGUCGCGUUAUUACGUGAAUUUUACAAAGUUGUAAAAAAGUUUAGUUUGUUUCACAAUCAUGUCAGUGGAAGAAUUUUUCUUAUCAGCCACCGGAUCCAUUGAGCAUGCAGAAUUUUAUGACGUCGAUAACGUGUACUGCAAGUACGGUUUUCAUUUCGGACCGGAGUGGAGUGUAGUCGCGGGGAUUGAGGAGGGUCUGACGCAAAUGUGCAAAUGCAGCAACGAUCCGCGGAACCUCGCCGUUUGGAAUUUCCCUCUGGACAUUACGUUUAAGAGUACAAAUCCGCAUGGAUUAAGUUGCCGUGUAGGGCCGCAACUUAUCAUGUCGAUAUACGGAUUGGACGUUUUUGGUCACGACGUCAUUAGAGGAUACGGAGUGUGUCAUCUACCCCUAGAAACGGGACACCACGAGAAAAGGGUGUCGAUCUACGUGCCGGAGUCAUCGUCAACGUUGCAGCGUCUCGUGGAGUGGUUAACUGGCAGGAGACCGGAAUUAAUUGAUCCAGCCAUACUGGCAUCCGGUGGUGGCAGAGAACUCACACGCAUGAGGGUCGAGGGAGCCGUCACCGUAACAUUCAACAUCGUUUUGAAGGACUUCUUCAGGUUGGGUUACAACAAUGGCGAGAAACAGAAGAAAUGAUACCGUCAUAAAUUCCGUCCGCUCACGGCGGGAUUAUGUCUUGUCAAGAGAUAAUCUUAUUAAAGAAGCGCACCGUGCAAUACCAUGCGUUUUAUAAGUAAUAUUCCGAGGAAUAAUCGAGGUGUGAUUUUCUCCGCACAAUCCAUCUCCCCAUUUUCCGUAAUCUCGACGAUGACGGCAAAGCAAAAAUAAGGGAAUUUUUGCAUCGGAAGAACGUAUUUUCACGUUAAUGGAGGCUCUAUGUAAAAAAGGGAUGAGGAAGCUAAUCCUUCGUGAAGGACUUAAUAAAUUUCACGUGGCUUUAAUCCGUGAGAUGAUGCCGGAUGCUUAAGUAUCGCCAGUGACGUGGCGGUAGCGAUAAGGGUGGUGGGAAAAAUAGAUAACAGUGCUGGUCGAGCUUACAGACGGGGAUUAAAAAUGUCGUUUGCGCGAAAUAUCUUGGCGACCAUGCCGGAAAAGCUGUCUGCAACACAGCCUUCGAUUUUCCGCGCGAUUACAGCUGACCGAAGCAGCCGUUUUACAUAUCGUUGAAUAUUACGCUCGAGAUUUCAUUGAACGCGAUGGAGAGUGCAUUGCACUUUACAGCAGCGAAGAUGGGAGGUGUCCAGGAAUUAUACAUGGUUACCGCUCGCCAUUGCGGAUAUCCAAUUUAUCAUUUGUCGCGUAAAUAUUACGUUGUAAACGCGCCAAAUACAUAAAUAUGAUGUCGAGGAUAAAUACAUCCUGCAAAUUUAAAAUAUGAUAAAUUGAAAUUUACUGCGAAUAUUAUACGGCGCAUUAUAUAGUAAAUAUAUACACCGAUGAUGUAGAUAUAGCAGAGCCCGGAAGGGAUCGACGGGCGUGAUUUCAUCGGAAGAUUUUACAUUCUAAAAAUAAAGAAGUUACGAAAAAA